GUAUGUUGUAUGCAGAAAUCUGAGUCCUGGAGCCAUUACAGUGUGGAACAUAGUGAAAUCAAAGUGCAAAGGCAAUGCAGUAAGAGUGGAGAGAGGGCUGGUGGAGAACACAGACAUUGUGCUGGUUAGAGAUAUGAAACUCUUUGUCCUGACAGACAAGGGGAUGGCUCCCUUUACAGACCCUCCACUAUCCAUUUUUCAGACCCUUCUUAUUUAUGACCUUCUGAAAAAGAAAUAUGUAAAGAAACAGACAGGCCUUUACAUCAUUCCUUGCCAAAAUCACGAGUACAAGAUUCUUGAGGGAGAACUGUUACUUGGCCUCUCUGAGAACAGAGACCAUAUGAUCAUUUGGAACUUGGAAAGUGGAUUUAUAAAGGAGCGGAUAAGGCCAGAGUAUAAAGACAAACCUCCCUUGCAAACCAUUCUGCCUGGCCAGCUUGUGUCAAAGGACACUGUGGACCUAUACAAGGAUAUGCUGCUCAAAAGGGAAAGAGGAAGGGGAGCCACAGUACUUCAGGCCCCCCAGGGAAGGCAUGUUAAAAGUAAGAAAGGAAAGAAAAGGAGGUCAGACAAAAAUUUGAGAGAGGACCCUGGAAAGCUACAGCAGCUUGCAAAUGAGAAAUAUAAUGCUAUUGAUGAGUACCUGCUCAGUGGAGAUGAAAAGGUAAUAGUGUGUUCGUAUUAUGCACACCACCUUUCUGUGUUCAGUUUGAAAACCCUGUCCCACCUCCAUACACUUGAAAGUAGGACAUCUAUGCUCUUCUUACACAAUGCUGCUUUGACCUAUGCUGGCAACUACCUGGUGCUUUCCAACUACAGUGAUGAGGAGAAAAUCAGCUAUAUCACAUUGUGGGAUUUACAAACUGGAAAGGUUAAAAAGCAAUUAAAAAAUGAGCCAAAUGUGUGCUGUGUGGCCAUUACAGACGAUGCCAGUCGGAUUGUUUUUGGUGUCAUGGUGGAAAACAGGAUUAAAGUUUGGGAUCCAUUUGAACAUGGGCACAAGGCUAUUUCAGGUUAUGAAAGCCUUCAUCUCACUGUGAACAGCAAACUGCAAGUGUUGGAAGGAGGUGCAAAAGCAGUCCUGCUUGCAGGUGAGGUAAGCCUAUGGGACUUGCACAGUUGCACAGUAAUGUCAGUCUUUACACCUGACAGCAAAAUCUCCUGCCUAACAGUAGCAUUGGACAGAAAAACUAUUCUUCUGGGGGUGAGCGACAGCCCUGCUCUUAUCACUUUGAAGACAUCCAGCUCUAAAGCACCUGUAAGUUCUACUGAAAGAGACUUAUUUGGAGAAGAAUCUACUAGCAGUGAAGAAGAACCUGAACAAAACUAGAAGUUCAAACAAAAAACAGAGGCAUGCACUUUUAAGGACUGGAUCUACAACAGGGACUUAAGUUUGAGUGUUGCAGGAUUUAGGUUCCCUAAAUGAUAAGUGGGGAGCUGCUAGGAAAUGCUGAGAAAAGAAUGAACCUGAAGUCCUACAUUUCACAAGGACUUAAACUCACCCCUGCAGUUUAGAGCUUGGCAUUCAUCUCCAACUGGAAUUCACAACUGAACCUUCUCCUGGAGUGAGAUACCCCAUCCAGGAAGUGCCUCAUGCACAGGAGUUAGUCUAGUAGUUAACCAGAUAGAUUAGUGGUGCUCAGGCUUCCAGAAUCAAGGCUGAAUGAGUAGCACACUGUCAGUCCACAGGCCAAAUCUAGUGUGGCUGGUCCACAGGGGUGAUGCGGCAUGGGGCCAUAUCAUCCAACUCAUAGGGCUCCUCCUGGAUCUGGGAACUUGUUGGAGGAGUGAUGCCCACAGCUUCUAUAGCCACUGUUCCCCUACUGCCAAAUUUCCAGAUCCAUGGGGAGCCCUGUAGGCCAGAGAUUGAGCACUACUGGGUUAGUUCAUUCAGCCAGAAUAUGGCAGACCUGGAUUAUAUUGCCUGCCUGAACCCCACCCCCCCCCAAAACCCACAUCUCAUGUCUUGGAAGGCAGCCAAAAGCACCAGGCUAGACUAUCCUGAGCUGGGAUUCUCAGUCAUGUUUAAUGCUACUGUAUUUACUCAAAUCUAAGAUGACACCCAAUAAUUAGAUACUAUGCAAGGAAAAUUUAUCAUAGAAUCAUAGAGAAGUAGGGCUGGAAGGGACCUCCAAAGGUCCCUAGAUCCUGAAGCAGGGUCAUCCCUAUCCCAACCAUCCCAUACAAACCAUAAUCUAAAUUGUAUAUAACACUGUCAUCAACCCUGACAACACAGACCUAAUACCCUAGCCUGCCAUAGAUAAAAGCAGAACCACAGUAGCCAAUGUCCUGCUUCUAUGAAAUGUUGUCAAUAUAUGCUCAAGAGAUCCCAGAUAGAGGGCCACACCCGCUGCUACAGAGGAAGGCAAAAACCCCACAGUCCAUACCAAUCUGACCAUGAUGUAAAAUUCCUUCCUGACCCCAGAUAUGGUGAUCAGUCUGCUUUUGAGCAGAGGGGCAAGACCCUCUAGCCAGGAAUCUCUAGCUUUGGUCCCAACAGGAGCACAGGCAAACCCCACUCGAAGUUCCCAGCCUUGGUUGUAACCAACACCCAAUGCCUCUGAAAUGGGCUUAAAAACACCCUGACCUAUGUAACAGAAAGGGGCAGUGGAGGGAACUAGCAAAGCCCAGAAGCUUGGGAAAUACUCACCCAUAUCAUGGGAAAUAACCACCCAUAGUAGAACAUAGGCAUAGCCAUGCCUAAAUCAUCCCCAACCAGUGGCUGUCCAACCUCUUCUUGAACACCUCAUGAUGGAGAGUCCACAGCUUCCUUAGGCAGUCUGUUCCACUGCCUCAUUAUUCUAAUAGUGAAUACGUUUUCUGGAUACCCAAUCUAAGCUUAUUUUGCUGCAACUUCAAGCCAUUCAUCCACAUCCUCUUCUCUGCAGCAAGAGAGAGACAGUGCUUUUCCUCUUCUUUAUGGCAGCCCUUCAUGUACUUGAAGACUGCUAUCAUGACCCCUCUUAAGCAACUUUUCCACAAGCUGAACAGGCCUAGCUCCUUCAGUCUCUCCUCUCAUCCUUAAGAGUUCUUCAUGCAUAGAUUCUAAAUAUCAGAGGGUUAUCUUUAAUUCAUCCCUCCCAAUGCUGCAGGUGGGGAGGCAGGUGGUGUGGGGAGGUCAAGCAACUUGCGCUGUACUUGUGCCUGCCCCCUGCUGCCUGCCUGCCAAUCCUACCCAGCCUCUGCUCUGCCCUGUCAUGGCUACCAUUCUAGCCUGGGGCACUGAGCACAGCCCCAGGCCAGCCCCACUAGCAGCCAUGCAGGCUGUGCUGCUGCUGCUAUGGAGCCAAGCUGGGGCUAUGCUCAGUAGGGCUGUGCGAAAUUUCAACAACCGUUUCAUUUUGACACUGUUUCGACUCAUUUUGAGGUUGAAACAGAAAAAUCGAAACAAAGGCCGUCGAAAUAGCCUCAAAACAAAAUGAGGCUUGUCGAAACAUUUCAAAAGUCGAAAUGUUUUGACCAUAGCGCUAGGGAUGGGAAGUCAGUUCAGCUGGGCUGCCUCACCACCCCCCCUUCCCCGGCAUGAUCUAGUCCCCAGCUGGGGUUGGGAACUCAGCCCAGCUGGGUUGAGUUCCUUUUUCCAGUUCCAUGGUCCGGCGAAACAGUCAAAACAGCCUCGCUGUUUCGACAAAGCAAAACAAUGAGGUUGUUUUGACUCAAAAUUAUAUUCGAUACAAAACACUGUUCUAUCCAGACCUCGAAACUGAAGAAGGAGCGGAACAAUGCCGUUUCACAAAGCCCUAAUGCUCAGUGCCACAAGCUGCAGCAUGCACAGAACCUGCCAGCACAGAGCAAUAGGGCAGGGAAAGGGGGGAGGGGCAGGUAG